CAUUUUUUAAUCUCUUAGCUGGAUACAUCCAAUUCUAAUGAAUAGCAACAGAUGGAAUAUCUGCAUAGAUGUUUUUUUAAUCGGCAUGAUAACAAUAUUGUUCUUCACUGGCUGUGAGACUCUCCAUCGUGCUCUGAAGUGUGUGGUUUUUGGAAUGCAAGAGAUAAAACAAAAGAAAAGAUAAGAGUAAAGUAGCUCCUGAGAUAUCUGUCUUAACUUGUUCAGGUUGCUUUUUUCUCCACAGGAUACCACAGGAAUGAGAUUCUCAAAGCACCUCAGUCAGACAAACAGUCAGUAGGAGAAAAUGAAUGUGCUGAGUGAAUGAUCCGGCUUACCUAACAAAUUAGGGUGUGGCAGUUUAAUCCACAGGGAAAACACAGGGAUGUUUGUGUGAGUCAUAAAUGUGUGUUGAAAGAGGGUGUGUACUGUCCAACUGCCAUUGUGUUGCAAGUAGGAGAGUUUCUAGGUGAUGGCAUGCCUCCAUGUUUUUCUUUUUUUUAAACUACCAACACCUCCCUUUCAGGUAACUUUUCUCAUUUUGGGACUUGAGUGCACCAACAGAGGUUCUUAGCAGGUAAGUGACUUAGAACAUUUGGGGGGAAAAAAACUUUGACAAGAGGCAGGACAGAGAAAGGCUCAUUUGCUCAUGACUCUAAGAAAAAAGCAAUUUGUAGAGGCAUACAGAAGCCUGAUGGGGCAUUUGUUUGAUUUGUAUCUUAUAUCGGUUGAUAAAAGGCGUAAUCAUUUUCUCUAGUGUUUUCACUGCAACUUCAUUACUGCAUGCUACUUAGUGCUGUAAUUUAAGAGGUACACUCUCUAAUGAGGCAACGAGAAUCUGCAGUUAUUCUCUGAUUGUUUACAACUGUUUUGAAAUCUCAUUAGCCUCUUAAAUGGAUCAUUCGUGCCCAGCACUGUUGAAGGUCAGUAUAAUACUAAUACAGCAUGGCAUCAGAGGUCAGGAGGAUAUUUUAUAUUAGAGUGCUUGUCACAGCUGUGUAACAUCUGAAUUACCCUUGUUUUGCAAGCAGAUCUCACAGCCAUUCCAACACGAUGGAGUCAGCUGAAGCCGUAGCAGCCGAUGUGACCAGCAAAAGAAGUGUUACUAUUGAAAUCUCAAAUGUCACUAGCAACUACUGCCUCAUCAAUCCGACGGUGUACCUUGACAAUGGGGAGACAUACAACCCACCUCAACCCACAGUGCGCCCUCUAAAGACAGAGGUCUGCACUUUCACCAAGUCCAGCGGCAAAGCAACCGGCAGCAUUGGUGUACUGACCUACGACCUUUUUGAGAGGUCAAAGAAUGACUACAUUGAGACUCUGUCCAUCAUGUUCUCAGUUCCUUGGGACUACAACCUGUACAAAAACUGGUUUGCAGUGGGCAUCUAUAAAAAGGGCCGGAACUGUGAUAAGGAUUUGUUCAAGGAAAUGUACUAUGAGAAGAACCAGCAUGAGCACGGGUUUGUCAGAGAGGAAGCCACUGGCUCAGGAAUCAAUUAUGUGGGCAACUACCUAGAUAUCAAAGCUACCAUGGGUCCCUUGGGCAAAGCCAUCAUGAAGGUAGAGGUAUGGGAUAAGCUUUUCACACCCAUUGGCCAGCAGGCGUACUAGAGACCCCUCCUCACCAGUAUUUCUGUCAUGAGUCCCAGCAUCAAAAUUCAUCCCUUCAUCUCAAGCUUUUAGCUGACAGACUCUUGCCAAUACAGUCAACACGCAUGAUUUAACAGAUGUAUUGUUGCUGACAUGUGUCUGUAUACCUGGGUAUUACCCUUCGGUAAAUCUGCUUAAGAUCAGAGUUUAGUUUGUUUAUAAAUCCAGGCAGCUAUAACCCCCCCUUUAUAGUCGAAGCCCCUGUCUGUUUCAAUAGCAAUCGGUUUUAAAAUGGACUCUUUAGAAAUGAAAAUCAAAGGAUGACUCACCAAAGAACCAGGGCACAUAGCUUAAUAAAACAAACUGAGAGCUUCUCUAUAUUUACCUUGACACUGUAGUCUGAGGAAUAAAGAAAGCCUUUUGCAGAACCAUUUGUGUAUGUCUGUUGAUUGAGUUGAGAAAAGCGCAAAAGUGCAUUAAAAGAAAGAAUUAAAUUUUUUAAUCUAAAAUGAUGUUGUUUGUGCAUGCAUACUAUGCAAAAUAUUCUAUGUGUGUUUGCAAUGGAUUCAGAGGGAUCACUUUGAAGUGAAAUUUAGAUUUGAACAGAAUCAAAGACUGCGUAAUUUCUUUCUAUAGGGGUUGUAUGAGUUCAGCAGGGACACACCCUUUCUCGUGUUGCCCAGCAUCAAAGCACAUCCAUCACUGUAUUAACAGUACACCAAAGGUUCUAACAUUUUAUAGAGGU